AUGGACAGGUUGGUCUCCCGUCCUCUCGUUUGGUGCUUUGCCGUGUCCAAGCAAUCAACAGUUUCCCUACAUAACUAAAGCAAACAAACAAUGGAAACCAUUCUCAUGUUUUUUUAGUUUUUCUGCGGGAAAGAACACUAGAUAAGUGUACUUGUGCCCGGCGGUUUCUGACCCCUGCGAUUGUCAGGCCCCGCUCGAGAGCCUUAGCACUUGGCGAGGUUUUAGGCAUUCACAAAUGAUCUGUACACGUGUCCUCCUAGGGCCUUUUGUGGCCUUUUUAUUGGCACACAUCGGUUAGACCUUCAGAGUCGGCCACUCAUGGUUUCAUGGGAACCGUUGCUCGUCGUCUGUUUUUCUGUGUGGUCGCGCGUGGUACUGCACCAUACUAGCUUAAAAGACUAAAAAGCCGAACUGUUGUGCCCGCAGAGUGAAUGACAUGCGUGCGCGGACAGACAACUUAAGCCAAUAUAAAAGCCUCAAACACGAUUUGAAAAGGAUGGCUUAGGGGCUACUUGGGUACCAUCUUGCUCUCGGAUUUUUGUACUGGCGUUGGAUUGACUACCUAGAUGCAGUCUCUCCUUGGUAACAUUUAGGCGCUCAGGGCCAAACAUUUGCUAACCCGUUUGAAUUUGCGGGUUAGCGCAUAGCUAGUAGUCUAAUUGGCCUGUGCUGCAUGUGUGAUGCCAAUCAUACGAACGAACUGCGCUAGGAGACUGCCGAAAAGAGUCAACCCAUCGCAAGACUAUCCCGCGACCGGGUCUAGCCCUGGACGACUAAAAUGCUAUCAGGGUGUCGCAGAUGUUAGUUGUACCGUUCGAGUUGUUUAAGGUUCAGCCCCCCCCGUUCUAGAUAACACGGGGAGAGGUUGAGUCGUGCGCUGAGUAGGGUCUACAGUGAGAGCAGCUCCAUACGCAGGGUCGUGUCGCUAAGUUGCGCGUAAUGGGUUGCCGGUAAAUAAGAUUUCGCCUGCCGAGUGCUCACUCCUGGUUAUUAGUCCGAAAUGCCCCCAGCGCCUCUGGACGUGAUAAGCCCUUUCAAACACCGUUCCGUGUCAUGCAUGUGCUACCCGCUGAUCAAUUGACAUGGAUACGUGGUCGGAGGUGAUUGAUAGGCCUCGGCCGCAUUAAUGGACCCGCUGUGCUCAUUGGCGCAGACCACGUCGCCAAGUUUUGCCCUCGUUUAUCUUAAUUGCUCGAGGCGUGUCGCGCGCUCUGUUUCCUGCUAGUCAACUUGUCUGGGGACAGUGACCACCAUGAGUUAGAGUCGACCGCGUCAACAGGCAGGUGGUCCUUUUGGCACAUUGGUAGCUCCAGAACGAACCUUUAUUACAACGCUACCAGUUUCAAUCGCGCUUGCGCUAAUAACUGACCAAUUGUAUGCUAGAGUAGUAUUCUCAGCGCUACGCUUCCUCUCUUGCUCGCUAUACUCAGUUUGUCAACUUUCCGUUUCAGACGCGAACGAGGUGAUAUUCGCAACCGAGGCCGGCCGGGGCCCCCUGGACAGCCGCGGUAAUUUUUCCUUGUAUAUAUAAUCCCGUGUCCCCUGUAAUACCCGUUGUAGGAUUGCCUGUGGGCGCCAACGCAUCUGGGUCGAUUGUAGUUAAACAGCCCUAAGACAUUGGCUAGUCCAUUUACAUUAGGUUGAUGUUAUUUGAUUGAAUACAACUGCACACCAACAAUCAUUCCAGUGGGCCUUAAGCUGAUAACCUCUUCUUAGACCUUACAGUUGUCCCCUUCUUCGUUCUUUUUCGCUUAUUGCGCGCCUUUUCAAUGGCCUUACGUGAACGUUUUCCCCCCACUGGCUUUGCCGCCAUUUUUCGGUGCUGGCAUACGUCCAUGACGUACCUCAAGACUGUUGGUAUCUAUUAUACUGGAUUUUGAUCGUUUUGACACGCUUAUGCCCUUGCACGUUGCAGCGGGGGACCUUACCGACAACAAGGUCCUAGUGAUUACCAACAUCCGCAGGGGCGGAGUGAAUUUCGGUCCUAUGGAGGUCCGCCUGACCCGUAUGGCGCGUCAUUUGACGCAAGGUACUCUGGAGGACCGCCGCCACCUAGAUAUGGUGGUCCGCCCGACUCAAGGCGAGGUGGUCCGCCCGACCCAAGGCGGGGUGAUGGUCAUUUCGACGUAAGGUAUGCCAGCGGCCCGGACAGGACGAGGUAUACUGGGCCUCCACCAGGCCCCCGGCAAACUUGGGUGGACGACAGACGUGGUGGUCCAUCCGGCGGCGGCGGCGAUCAGUAUCGAGGUGAUAGUCGGUCUGUACGACCGCUCGGUCGCGGUGGGUAAGUAGAGGUGAUCUCUUACCAUGUUUCCAUAUCCCAGUUUAUCUUACCCAUCGGUUGUUCAUUGACAUCUCUUGCCUGUUGCUUUUGUCUCCAACUUAAGGUAUUCGUCAGUGAAGCCUCCAGGACCGGAGCACCCGGUGACAUCCGCGCGUGGAGACGAUACGGGGGACGGACAGUCGUCGGCUUCUCAAAAGAAAAUCAGGGCCAAACCUUCAGCGUAAGUCUUGUAAAAAAAACUCGUGGCGAGUUUAUAAACACUGUUCGUUUAACGGCUCACAGGGCAUAGGGAUGUUUAGAGGAAUUCUGGAUUAUUAUGGAGUCAUCUUCCUCCAGCUACUGCGUACAGCCGAAUUCCCAUCUGCAAUCUGGAGUCUGGCUCAAAACAUCUCGGAAUCUUGCGUCGCUCCUAAUUGCGGCUAAUUUCUGUCAGCCAUCGUGAUAGUGCUUUGGGGCCGAAUGGUCGGUAACUUGUGGCUCCCGGUCAGGCGUAGCCCAACUAUAAUUGCAUUGGUUCUUCAGCCUUCGAGUUGGUAUGAAAAUAAAGUUUGCUGAAGUGCAGUAGCGGUCCUGAAGCUGGUCAGUCGCGGGAGUAAUAUUAAGCCACUGGUCUGGUGUCUUUCGUUAAUGCCAACGAGUGAGUGCUCAGAAAUAUAAACCAACCCAAAAAGGUUCCCAUGCUACGGGCGUGCGCCAAAUUCUGCGUCUGUCGGGUGACUGAUUCUACCGUAACUUGCGUUUGUUCUUUGCUUGUAGAGACAAUCUGGUAGAACAAAUGGAAAGGUAAGAUGCGGCAGUAUUUGUUACCUACUGUCAAGGGUCACGAUCACCGAAGGGCUUCACCCUCCUUGUCGCCCCGAUAACGGCGGAACUCUUGGCGAACCCGUCUUGAUAAGACUAAACUGUUGGGAUAUGACAAUUGCGGAUCGCACCGUCCUAAUGUAUGACAUCGAAGCUCUUCAAGUUUAUCGGAUGCGGGACAACGAGAAAGUGGAGGUACGCCUCCUUCCAAAGGAUAUGCGAGCACUUCUAAAGCAUAUCGUAAAAAGGUACACUUCACUUUUUAAUUCCGAGUAACAAGUCUGCUAUCAAUGGCACUUUCUAAUGAAUUUGGUUCCCUUUAGAAUGCCAUCAGACACGGUCUAUGACGGCGGAAGAAUUAUUUACAAAUUGGAUCCAUUACCUGGUGUCACAGAGAUGGGCAUCCAGAAGGAAGAUCCAGUUCCUGACCCAACGGAUCGGGACGAACUAACACUCAAAUAUCGCAUUAAACUAGUCCAAGAGACUUCUACAGGAGAUCUUGCACGUUACGUCGAAAAUCCUAGGGCUUCCACUCUGGCUAUGCCACAGGUUAGUCGGAACCCUUGCUUCUUUGACUCAGAGGUUUAGGAAAGCAUUCGGAUGAUCGACUGUAUUUUCAAGUCCAUAAACGAAGACAAGUUUGUAUCAUCCGGAAGAGCUGCCAUCUUCUACCCCACGCCUAUUAGACGGCUUGCAGACAAGUUAUUUGACAUACAUAUGGGCUUCAUAACUAGCGUUCGUCCGCAGUGGAAGGUCCGCGUCAACGUAGACAUGGUGAGUUGACUGCAAUUCAGUUGCUUAACCUCCUUAUAUUCAUUUCGUAUUUUGGACUUUACCGCCCUCCGAGGGCUGACCGUGGUCUUGUUUUAAUUUAGACGUGCAAGGCAUUCUUCCCUCCUGGAAACCUUGCAGAUGUCUUAUAUUCCAAAUACGGGGACGACAUAGAGAAUCCUGCGUGUUGGAACUCGGUGCUCGCUGAUAUUAAGAGACUUCGUGUCGAAGCCAAGUUUUACAAAAACCAGGACGGUAAGCAUUGCUUGGAUCAUAAGUCCAGCUCGUUUGUCUCUUAUUCCGUACUUUACCACCUCGAACAACCCCUGGCUCCUGCUCUCUCACUCCCCGGCUGCCUUGUCAGUGAGGCUAACGGCAGGCCUCCGACUUGCACGUGGGCAGCACGCUGACCGAUAAUUAAGCCUAGGGUGGGUCACUGACCAGGCGGCCCGGCCAUUUUAUUUUUUAGCUACUUCAUGAAAUGACCUUGCUGACUUGUAUGUUCUUCCUCCCAGGAAAAUCGUUCUCCCGCCGUUUUACCGUAUUCAGCCUCUCCACAACUUCAGCACAAAGGCUGAUAAUUGAAGACAAGAAUGAGUCCGUUUUCGAAUACUUUAAAGAACAUCACAACAUAACUCUCCAAUACCCUGGUUUGCCGUGUGUUAAGGCAAGCGUCAAAUUUACAUUACUAUUCAAUCCUUGACAGGUUUCCAACAAGAGAGACGUGUUCAUCCCAAUGGAGUUGUUACACGUAUUGCCAUACCAAAAUCCGACUGCACGUAAGGCUGACGUUGCGAGUGAAAUAAUACGAUGUGCUGCCGUUAAACCGCAAGAACGAUUUAGAGAACUUGACCGCUAUGUGGGUGAAUUCAUGCGACAGUAAGCACCAUUUCAUCAUACGUAACGCUGUAAUCUCACAGCCAACACUCCUUGUUCAAGCACUACGAAAUCAACGUCCAGACCCAGCGCGGAACCGUCAGUGCUCGGGUUCUUCCUCAACCAUGUGCGUCUUUCGGGGGCAGGGAUGUGGAGCUUGGACGUGGGAAGUGGAUGGCAAACACUUUUCUACAACCGGCGACUGCUGAGCCACUGAAAUGGGCUGUUGUGAACAUUCCACCGCACAAUGUUAGUUUCGAUUUCUUUGCGAGUCCGACCAAAUGUGCAGCGCUUACCAGAGUUCUUUUCUUCUAGGCUGCCCAACGUAAUCAAGCCACACUGGUUCAGCGGCUCCCCCAGGCGGCAGCGCAAUUUGGUUUCCGAUUUGACCCUCGACCCUUCUGCAAAACCAUCACCCCGAGCGAGCUGGAGGGUUUGAUGCGUCAACUUCAUGCCCAGCGAGUCACGCUUGUUGUUCUCGUCCUCUACGACAACUUCACGUAUCCGUCUAUCAAGAUGAUCAGCGACAUAAAACUCGGAAUUCGUACCCAGUGCGUGAAGGGGGUGACUCUAACGAAACCCAAUGUCUUCCGUAAGUUUUUCCAGAUAGUCUCUUUGCGAAGCCGCCGUUCAGAAAUUUCACUUAUAUUCUCUGACGUGGGUUGUGUACUUCCUGACUAUGCAUUUUGAGGUGGAGCAAUUGCCCCACCGAACCAUAUCUGGCAUUAUUAAAUUUCGUUCAAUUAUUUUCAGCAAACCUGAUGCUGAAGAUAAACGGGAAGCUUGGUGGAAUAAAUUGGAGUGUUUCAAACUACCCGAUAAAAGGAUCUGUGAUGGUAUUCGGUGCCGAUGUUACACACCCUGCGCCCACACAAAACGAUGAGCUUAGAAAAUCGGUGGCGGCGGUCCUUGGGAGCAUUACACCAGAUCUCAUGCGUUAUGCUGCGGUCGUUCGUAGGCAGGAUACCACAGAGAGAGGAAACAAGACCACACGUGAAAUAAUUGACAAUAUGGAAGAAAUCGUUUCUGAUUUGUUGAAGGUGAGUACAUCAAAUCAUACACUUUCGCACUUUGGUCGACUCUCCUGAUACGUCUCAUUUUUCUUCCUAGGCGUAUUUUGUAAACAACAAUGACCGCUUCCCAGAUAGACUUAUCUUCUACCGUGACGGAGUAUCCGAAGGACAGUUCGACAUCGUACUUACUGGUGAACUGCCCGCCAUACAAAGAGCUUGCGCAGGCCUUCGGGCCGGCUACGAACCGGCAAUAACAUACAUAGUUGUGCAGAAAAGGCACCACAUUAGAUUUGAGCCGUUAGAUCAGAGGGCAAAAAAUGUGGCCCCGGGGACUGUCGUGGAUACUGUUAUUACCCAUCGACGGGAAUUUGAUUUUUACCUCUGCUCACAGGAGGGAAUUCAGGUUAGUCUGCUUACACUUAUUUAAUCUCUAACUUGAUUUUUAGGGCACUUCAAAGCCAGCCCACUAUCACGUCCUUUACGACGACAGCAAUUGGACCUCGGACUCGCUGCAAAUGUUCACGUAUUUCUUGUGCCACGCUUACAUGCGUUGCCCAAGGAGCGUCUCGUAUCCCGCCCCGACAUAUUACUCCCACUUAGCUGCCUUCCGUGCCCGGGAUUGGUUAGCAGCUGUUAACGAACAGCCGGAUAAUUUUAUCACUAAAAACCGCUUCAAGGUUCACGAUAGCCAGUUUACAGGAAUGUUUUUCCUAUGAUGCAACCCAUGUGAGGGUAAAUACGUAUUUCACGAACAACUAUUUUCUAAUUCUCGAGUUGAUAAUUGAAUACUAAACAAUUUAUCUCCAUUCACACCCUUCCCUUUUUAUCGACUCGAGAUUUGUCCACAUGUCUCUUACUUGUUUCGCGCUUCGAACAGCUUGUCAUGGCGUCGGAGUAGAUAAUUACAAAGGCCCGACCUAUGUUAUUUGGCGUUCGUUCUAAGAGAUAGGUUGUCCAAGGUGGCGAGUCCGAACUACGUCAGUAGCUUGGUGGGCGACUGGGACCGGCCAAUGGCGAUCUGUGGCCUUUGCUCUUACUACCGCCUGCUGGCUUCUUGUCAGCAAACGCUUCACAUGCAUCGUCGGUGCUGUCGUGAAGGAUGUAACCUUCCUGCUAGCUGGCACCCCUGUCUUCCUUGUCUUGAGUGCAGUACGGGCACUCUGUGGUUGUAGUUGAGAGCCGCAUCCGUACUGAUUUCGGGAUAGAAUUCCCGUAGACCAACCGUGAGUUGUUGCGUUCGAGGCAAACUCUGACACCUCUAGUAAAGCCUCGGCACGGUGGUUUGGAGGCUAGCUUCAAUUGUCUCUGGAUACUGGCUACUGCGCUUUUUAUGUUUAGAAAUCAUAGUUCCGAUUUUAAAUCGGGUGGUGAGCACAAGUACAUUAGGGUAGGUGGUGGGUAGCCCACUGUCUCAAGACUAGCCAUUAUCGUGGACUCGAGUGCGUGGUCCUUUCGAAAUGUGGUAUCGCGGUGCCGUGGUGCUAGUCCGUAGCUCUAGUCUUCCAGCAUUAGAGAUUUUACCGGUGGGCGGCAGGAAAGGGGCUCCGUGAACGUUCUUCACCGAAUCCUAGACUCUCGUUCGGAGCGUGCACCGCUAGCGUUUACACUGCUGCAUAUGAGCCUGACGUCUUCCGACUAUGGGAGGGUGGUUACCUUAGAGCACUUAGCUCCAGAAGUAUGGGCUGUGGGGUGGUCGUGCAAGUUUGUCAGGUGAGCAUUAGCAACGGCGGAGGAUCGGGGUACAGCGGGUUGACCGUCACCUAAGACCUCGCAGCCAGAUGAUGCUACUGUGGCAUGUGCACCACGUGGGCCGGUGACGCCAUCAACUCAUGGACUGGACAGCGAAAUACCCCAGAACCGAGUAUCCAUGGGAAUGACUUCGUGGGGUCACGUCUUCCAGGCCUGCUCUGGGCAUGAGGCUUGUUACAGUAGGCAGUGCGCUGAGUCGCCAAGGGGGAUAGGUGCUCCAGCAUCACUCCCCUUCCAACUUAAUUGGCCGUAAGCGGUGAGACUAGGUGCUGCUGGGAAUGGUCGAAAGCUUCAGGCCGGCCCUCGCGGCGCGUAUUUGAAAUAGCCUAGGCGCUCCUGACCGGUGCGGCCCGAAGUAUGCAUUUUAUGGGGCUUAACUGGUUUAUGGCUCAGCGGAGCCUGUUUGGACGCACUGGAGCCAGACGCCACACAGGUGGGCUGUGCGAUGUGGCCUGCUAAUCGUCCAAGAGCUCCGUUGGUUCUAGAGUUUCUCGUAGCAAUGGUGGAGAAACGGGGAUGGGUUUCGUGCCGACUGAUAGGCUAAAACCGGUACGCUUGUGCUGGAAGGGUGCAAAUGGUGGGGACCACCUGUAGUGGGUUCCGGCAGAGUCAGUGUUGUACAGGGACUGGGAGUCGGUUCAUUUACGCUGUGGCUUGGGUCGCAGUGGAACGGUGCCAAGUCCGUCCGGCGGCGAUAUUCAUGUUUGGGCACCAGGCAAUUCCCGUGCUUGGCUCAGGUUAUGCUGCCGACAGCAAGAACUGUCUUAGCCAUGGCUUCAUGAGGGGUCGGUUGGUGUUUAUGGAGGGUGACACAUAAGGAACCUAACUAUCUUAAUUAUCCGCCACCAAGGCCUGCCUGACUGCCUUCGAUUCCUUUGCUAGACUGAGUAUAGUCAUCCUUGGCGCGCAACCAGUCAGAAACACCUUGACUAGAUGGGAGCAUACCGCUCAAAAUGCCCCGAAGGGAAUCCUGAUGUGAAAGAAUUAGGCGAACAGAAAAAGGCGUGGCUUCUCAACUUCAGUCCACCCAAGCUGGGAGGAAUCUCACCACAAGAUCCGCAUGACAGGAGAGGGAUUAGUUCUAAAUGAAAGUCAUCAGGGGUCGAGUGCGUUCUAGGGAACGACAGUACCAAGGGCUAUUAAAAUAAACCGGUGACUAACUAAUCGUUUAUCACGGGCUAUCGACACGAUAGCAAAGCCGAGGCACUAGCAUGGAUCCGGUGAGAACGCCGUCCGGAAGAAAUCGGCUGAUGAUUGCCGAAAUCAGCGGGUUAGGCGCUGGGUCUCCGCAGAUUUGGGGGUCUGCAACCAUAUAUUGGAGCUUAACCAUCACUAGGUCAGUCUCAACCACACCGGGAGCAAGCGCCUUUGAAUACAGCAUGUUCUGUGUCAGCCAGCGAAGACGACAAACGAUAUUUGCGCCAAACGAAAGUGGUCACUUCCGGCCUCGCGCGAAGUCCGUUCGUUGUUGAGCGCCUGGAGUGCCGCUAUCUCGGGCAAAGCUUUGUGCGAAGAGUCAGGGUAGAGGAAACAGGGCCCCAUGUAAACAUGCACGAGCGGCCUUCUUUGACUCAGUCGGAACCUACGCGACCGGCCGAUAUCGGCCAAAAAACCAAAGUUGGAGUCCAUGCAGAUACAAAGAUAUCAUGGAUGUAAGGGACGGUCUGUGCGCCUAAACUAGUCGCUUAAAACAUUUUGAUCAAUUUGUGACUGCUGCACUAAUGGCAUAUAUGGACUUCUGCUUUGACGCGACUGCAAUCAUGCUUGAUAUAACCGUUGUGGACGAUGCUGCAAAUUGUACUUCCAUGCGCGGUGAUCUGCGGCAGUGGAUCUGGAGUACUCGACUCUUCCCCAGAGAGCGAGAAACUGAAUACAGGUGGUCCACAGACCACCAAGUCUUGAUUGACUGUGUGGAGCCAGGUAUUGAGUCAACUUCCUCUCCACAGACAGCUAGGAAGUGUACCUGAUGAAGGACAACGACGCCUAACCCCUCAGGUGAACGAAGAAGACCGCGCCCAAACCCCUCCAAUCGUCCUUCCUGAAUGGCCUGAUAUGCCCUCGCGAUGCUUCCUCAGCGAGUGUGAACUGUCUCAUCGAGGGCCAAGUCGACGCACUUCUCUCAAACGAUGGCCCUCAGUCAGUGGUGAUUAAUUAUCUUCGGUUUUUGCUCGUCUGGCAACUGCGCAGUCCAUCAUUCACAACCGCACAAAAGGACCAGCCGGACAGAUGACUGAUACAUGCGGAUCUCUGUGGCGUGGGGUUAUCGCGUACGGUUCGUGGGCACUUUCUAAGGAUUUUAAAAACCCCGCGAGCAACAUCGAUUCAGGAGACGAAGUCGUCCUCACUCUGUUCCUCUGGCAAUAGCCUCACCCAGAAGUAUUUACAAGCACCUACUCCCUCGAGUCGACCGCCAAUAAUCUUGACGGGAGAAUUCUCACUGCCGGAAAGCCGUCUGCAAGCACUUUGGUCAUCCCAGCUUUCAUAGACAAACAGACUGAUUUUGCGACCUCAUCCACCCACGGCACGCAUACUGUAGUUCAUCAAAGCUUGACACAAAUAGGGCAAUAUCGUCGGCAUUGUCUGGACCAGUCAGUAGGCACAUGGUAGCAAAGCUAACACCGUCAAUAUCCCUUCCAGCAUCCAAUCAAUGGAGUAUUUGAACAGGAUUGGAGAUAAAAUACAACCACUUCGAACAAUAGAUCGAACAAUGAUUAUGUUGGAUUGUUAAGGACCAGCACUAGCGCGGUGAUAGAACGACAGAAGACUCUGAUCAUGACGACGAUUUUUGACAAGCUGCCAUCUGUUUUCACUGUUCGCCACAAGGACUCACGAUAGACGCAAUCGAACACUGCAGCGAAGCCAACAAAACAGAUGUCCAUUGGUUGCCAAUGACCACGACGGAAUCCGGGAAUGUGUCCCAAUGUGAAUAUCUGGUCGGCGCAUCCACGCUCAGCUCAAAAUCGGGCUUGGUUGGGUCUCAUCCUCGAAUCACGCACACUGAUAUCGCCAGUGAAUGACAACAGCAAAGAACUUCGCAGCAACGUUGACGAGACUUAAGUUGCGGUGAAUCUCGCACGUUGUUUUAUCUCCCUUCUUGAAAACAAGUUCAAAGGUGCUUGGACCCGUUGUCAGGAACGACCUUACCACCACAGGCUGGCUUAAUCAUCUCGUAAAGCCAGGGGACGGAGUGUCGACGCAAAAAUUGUGGACUUCAGUGGGAAUAUCGUCCUCUACGGACGCCUUGUUAUUGUGCAGACACGUAUUGCGUCGGAUCUUUCUCACUGAAAGGGGGCACGGUACUGUAGGGUGGAGGCGAAUAAGACUCCUCUGCAGAGUGUGAGGAAGGGUGAUGGGUUGGUCAUCAAAGUCGAGAAGGUGGUCGAAGUGUUCACGCCACCGCUUGACAUUGGCCUAACUGUCAACAAUAAAUCCGUAAUUCGCAUCGAGGACACUCGGUGUAGAGAACCUACCACCAACUUCACAGAUAAUUUGGUAGGGUUUUUUGGCGUCACCGUCGUUUGUGACCUGCUCCAUAGAGGUUGUCAUUUCAGCUCAAUACUUUUUCCGUCAUCUCUAGCGAACAUUGUCGCUCGUCCUCCCCCCUCCUUUCGACUCGGGUCAUAAAGCAAGACCGGAUUUCUCUGCUGGUUUUUGUAAUUUUGCGACAACAUGUCUUAUCCGUGACAAUUUUGGUGCAAAUAGAAGAUGAACAUUCAGACGCCUGCGAAAGAGGACAUGACCUGGCCCAUGGGCGUUCCCAAUUUCAGCAACACACAUCGACCUGCUACCGUGAAACCGGCCGCGGAACGUUUGACCGACUGUAGUCGACCACCGUGGCCGUAUGGACGUCGUUCGAAUACGAAGUCGGUAAAUGUUUGUGGCGUUGGAUGCAUGUGUUGGUUAGAGAUAGUCGGUCCUUCACCAUCGUCGUAUCGAGAACCAAGCUCAGAGCGGCCAACAAGGUGACUGUCUGAAGAGUCAUCGGGUUCAGUCCAGCCAUUCUAGCGCCUGGUAACAAUCAGCAGAUCAUGGAGAGGGAGUCUCUCAACUAAGCAGCAGUCAUAAGUAGAAGGUUCCUUUACCGACCUGGUUGUUAGAAAGUUUACUGAACUUGGGCCUUGCCGUUGCCGUUCUGGGUUCGAAUCCCAUCGAAGCUGCCGAGUUUUUAGCCAGUGAACCAAAGGAAAUUUUCAAAUCUUCCGAAGCAUCUGUUAAUCAGUGAAAGGGUUUUUCAGUCUCGCCAUCUACGCGGACUCGUCACGUGACAGCAGGCUUGAAUCAGUCGAGGUAAUGUGGCUGUCCGCUCCCUUGACUUCUUGCGCUCAGUCUACCUGCACUUCUGCCUGCCCCAGUCCAUGUCGAUUCGUUGCUGGGGCCGCGCGAAGCUUGCCACUAAUCUCGCGAGUGGUUGAAGCCGAACAACGCUGCCCCUUCUCUGAUUGGCUCGCGGACGCUAACUAAGACAGGACGAAAGGCGCACACACGCGUUGGGGCUAAUAUCCUCAAUGGUGGAAUAGGGCAACAAAACUUGUCUGGAGAGGCAGCUCGCGGCAACUGUUUGUAGAGCCUCUCGUACGCUCCUACGCAGCAGUAAAGGUUGUCCAAACCAAUCCACCUUCCCUGACUUCUGAUUAGGGAAUCUUUGUGUUGCCGACCAUAUCACCUCGAUAGUAGGUUCAGAUGAAUAGCAUCUUGCAACGCUAUUGACCGCAAGAAACAAGGAGGGCCAGUUAAACGAUGAGAUAGCAUCCACGGAAUAGAUAAGGAUUUACGGAGGCGAGACGCGUUCAUAUAUACUGAUCAGGCUGAAAGUGACGCAUAUGUGGACGGGAGUUACUGUAGGUCUCAAAGACCUCAGUGUAUCUGCCAGGGUGGCUUUUGCUGUCGGGGUGCGAUGGAUCGACAACUUGAGAGUUCAUAAAUUGCAAGUAAAGACAGACUGAUUAGGUUGGGCAGGCUUUAUUGGGACGAGGGGCUGUACAGGCGACCCAGCAAACGGUUUUAGCAAGUCAUCUCUACAGGCGUGUGACAGCCGUUUGGAUUCUUAGCACCCAGCGCAUGCGUGAGCCUUGCUCUGUCUGUCUGCGGCCAAUCAGCGGAGGCCGCAGCAUCGAUUGGCCACGGGCUCUCGCAGAGCUAGUGUCGAGUUAUACGCGGGGCUCCAGUCAUCAACAGGUAAGGAGCAUGAGGUGAAUAGAACGGCGACAAGAGUAAGCGACUACGUCAGUGACCAUGGGAGUGGACGGCCACACCUUCAAUGCUCGCUUCGGACAGUUCACAUCGCCUGUGAUGAGGUUCAGGUUCUCCAUGGAACCGGGUGUUGCAACGAUAACAACCUCCUCCUUGCUCAAACGUGUACCGGACACCUCCGCCUCUCCUCCCCACCAAGACUUUGUCCCUUCUUUUUCCUCUGUAGAAGGCAACAUGGAUGCUCCUUGCUCGCGACGCGGGAAUCUGCUGGAUUACGUUCACCUUCGGAGGCGCGGCAGUCAUAACGUGCUGGCGAUUAAGGCGAUCUGCGAUGCUGACUACUAUACAAUCACCGCCUCGUCUUCUCCAAUAUGA